AUGCCAAUCAAGAUGGGCUCGGUAGAGAGUGUUGUUAUCGGUGACACGGUGUAUGUUGAUGGAGGUGAUGCAGACCAUGAGUGUGUGAUGAAACUCGAGCAAGAUCAAUGGAUCAAACUACCAGAGUAUACUGCCCAGUGGUUCCCUAUGAUAUCACUCGCUAAUCGACUAGUGCUGGUGGGAGGACGUCAUCCAACAAACUACAAAAACACCAAUCAACUUGCAGUAUUUGAGUCAGGGGAAUGGACUCACCCGUACCCAUUAAUGAAAAAUGCUCGUUCUUUCUCAACAGCUGUCUCCUUCAACAACCACAUAAUUGUAGCUGGUGGGGAAGAUGAUAAAGGACAUAUCUCCUCUGUGGAGGUGUUGGACGUGGCAUCAAAAAUAUGGUACCCUGCUGAGUCACUACCUUACCAACGGACAUCACUGAAAUCAACUCUCAUAGAAAACACCCUCUACCUAAUGGGAGGGAGCGAUCACACUGGGGCAACCAAGACAGUGCACCACGUCGACCUCAAUGAACUCAUUUCAAAGGCCCUUUCCAACCGGGACAUACCCACUCUCUGGAAGACCUUACAGGAAGUACCACUCGUGCGGUCAGCUCCUCUUAGUGUUGGGAGGUCACUAUUAGCCGUUGGUGGACUGGACGGAGGCAAGCCAAGUUCAUCGAUCCACCUCUACCAACCUGACAGCAGGAGGUGGGUGAAAGUGGGAGAUCUGCCUACUGCACGAUACGACUGCACAUGCUUAGUACUUCCUAGUGGAGAGGUCAUUGUAGCCGGAGGACAGACAGAUUCAUAUGCUAAUAUUCUAACUGUGGAUUAUUUCUCUCUAAGUGAUUAG